GUGCUGAACAGUAAAAGCUGAGAUGAAACCUCACGGUGGCGUUGGGCUUUUUAGAAGUCUGCUUGCUAAUUGUUUUCAUCGCUAUCACCAUCACUGCUCUCCUCUUGUUAAAAGGAUAGGUCACAUGAUGGAACUAUCUAUCUUUAGGCGCAAUUAUUUAUUAAAAAUAGUUAAACCUACUCUGUCACUUAAUGAUUGGUCAAGGAGAUAUCACCAGGAUUUUAGAGCACUGUGGAAGCAUGAAGCUGUGGAAAAAUAUCUAGAGACCUUAAACAGAGAAUACCAGCGGGUUGGCCAGUUGUUAAAUAGUGGCUCAAUGAAUGAGUAUGAUCGAAGCACUCUGAGCAGAAGACAUAAUCAUUUAUCCACCCUUGUAGCUGCAUUUCAAGAAAUACAAGAGGCAGAAAGAGAAGUUCAAGAGAUAGAAUCCAUGUGUACAAAGCUAGACAGCAGAGUUGAGAAACAGAUGCUAGAACUUGCCUUGGAAGAGAAGGAAAUCAUUAACCAAAAAAUCAACACAUUUUGCAAAAAGCUUUUCCAGAAUAUAGUGCCAAGGGAGAAACAUGAUGAAAGUGAUGUUAUAUUAGAGGUGACAUCGGGCAGAACCACUGGAGGUGACAUUUGCCAACAGUUCACCAAAGAAAUGUUUGAGAUGUACCAGAAUUAUGCAGAUUACAAAUGUUGGAUCUUUGACAUUCUGAACUACACACCAGCUGAGAUUGGUGGAUUGCAUCAUGCAGCUGCUCAUAUUUCGGGAGACUGUGUCUACAGGUAUUUAAAAUAUGAGGGAGGGACUCACAGAGUUCAGCGAAUUCCUGAGACUGGCCUCUCGUCAAGAAUGCAGCGUAUUCACACUGGGACAAUGUCAGUUGUUGUCCUACCUCAGCCAGAGGAGGUAGAUGUUAAAGUGUAUCCUAAGGAUUUGCGUAUAGAUACUUUUAGGGCCAAAGGUGCAGGAGGGCAACAUGUUAACACAACGGACAGUGCUGUGAGAAUAGUUCAUAUUCCCACUGGAUUAACAGUAGAGUGUCAGCAGGAGCGAUCUCAGCAAAUGAACAAGGAACUAGCUUUGCGGACACUGAGAGCUAGGUUGUAUCAGCAAAUCAUUGAGAAAGACUUCAGCAAAAGGCAGAAUGCUAGAAAACUGCAGAUAGGGACAAGAGCCCAGUCAGAGAGAAUUCGUACCUAUAACUUCACCCAGGACAGAGUCACUGACCACAGGAUCUCAUAUGAUGUCCGCAAUAUCAAGGAUCCUGUUCUGAUACCUUUACUCACAUUGAAUAGUCCCGUACUCCAGAAAUUGUCCAAUUGAAGUCAAUGGAAAGUUUUGAAUUUCUCUGUGGUGAGGGGGCACUGGAUGAGCUAAUCAACAGGUUGUUGGAAUCUGCAGAGAUGGAAGCCCUAAUUGAACAUUUAGAAAACUUUAAAUCUUUAGAAGGAGGAGGCUGAUAUAGGUCUUGUACUAAAUACAACACCAGUCCUUGUAAUUCUGUAGAACAAUAAAAUGGAAGUAUUUGUUAGAUGGCA